CGGCGUGGACCAAUCGCGGGGCCGGCUGCGGCGCGGGUCGGGAAGGCAGGCAGCGGCGGCCCGGGGUCGCGUUGUUCUUCGGCCAUGGCCUCGGCAAAGCCGCUGGUGGUGGUGACCUGCACCGCGCCGGUGAACAUCGCGGUCAUCAAGUACUGGGGAAAGCGAGACCAGGAGCUGAUCCUGCCCAUAAACUCUUCUCUGAGCGUCACGUUGCACCAGGACCAGUUAAAAACCACCACGACAGCCGCCAUCAGCAAGGACUUCACAGAGGACCGGAUCUGGCUGAAUGGCCAGGAGGAGGACGUGGGGCAGCCGCGCCUCCAAGCGUGCCUGAGGGAGAUCCGCCGCCUGGCCCGCAAGAGGAGGAGCGAUGGCCACGAGGACCCGCUGCCCCCCAGCCUCAGCUACAAGGUGCACGUGGCCUCGGUGAACAGCUUCCCCACGGCCGCAGGCCUGGCCUCCUCGGCGGCGGGCUACGCCGGCCUAGCCUACGCCCUGGCCCGGGUCUACGGCGUGGAGAGUGACCUGUCGGAAGUGGCCCGCAGGGGCUCGGGCAGCGCCUGCCGCAGCCUGUACGGCGGCUUCGUGGAGUGGCAGAUGGGGGAGCGGGCCGACGGGAAGGACAGCGUCGCCCGUCAGGUGGCCCCCGAGUCACACUGGCCGGAACUGCGCGUCCUCGUCCUCGUGGUGAGCGCCGAGAGGAAGCUGACAGGCAGCACGGCGGGCAUGCAGACCAGCGUGGAGACCAGCGCCCUGCUCAGGUUCCGGGCCGAGGCGCUGGUGCCGGCGCGCAUGGCCGAGAUGACCCGCUGCAUCAGGGAGCGCGACUUCCAGGCCUUCGGCCAGCUGACCAUGCAGGACAGCAACCAGUUCCACGCCACCUGCCUGGACACCUUCCCGCCCAUCUCCUACCUCAGCGACACGUCGCAGCGCGUCAUGCGCCUGGUGCACCGCUUCAACGCGCACCACGGGCGCACCAAGGCGGCAUACACGUUCGACGCGGGUCCCAACGCCGUGAUCUUCACCCUGGACGAUGCUGUGGCUGAGUUCGUGGCUGCUGUGAGGCACAGCUUCCCCCCCGAGGCGAACGGAGACCAGCCCGUCCUGCCUUCCUCUGCCAGGUUUCUGAAAGGGCUGCCUGUGGAGCCUGUCCCACUCUCGGACGCGCUGAAAGCUGCACUGGACAUGGACCCCACCCCCGGCGGCAUCAAAUACAUCAUUGCCACGCAGGUGGGACCUGGGCCUCAAGUCCUGGACGACCCUGGUGCUCACCUCCUGGGUCCCGACGGUCUGCCGCAGCCCGUCGCCUGACCACCUUCUCGACGGAGCCCUGGCCGCUGUUGGGAAAGGGGCCGCUUUGCUGGGACUGGGAGAGGGGUGUGGCGGCAGCCGGCUGUGCUUACUGGCUCCGGGCCGGGCAGGGUGCUGUGGCCGAGCUGGGCAGGGGAAUGGUCCCUGCAGGUGCCCUGAUGGUCAGGAGCGGGUCCCCUCAGUGCCUCACCUUCGCCAACCUGCACCCAGCGCUUUGCUGAGAUGGGAGCCUGGAUCCAGACUCAAGCCUGGAGGACUGAGCCAGCCAGCUAGGAGCUGCCGGUGCAUGGACCCGUGAAGGGCUCUCUAGCCCUGAACUCUGGGGCCACUCCCACUGCCCCGAAACACCAGCUCGACCGCUGGGGAUGGUGUGUCAGCAGACGCCCACGGAGCUGGAGGAUGGGGCACUGCGCAGGGAGCAGCCUCAGGACACCUCCGUGACGUGCUCCAUCCAACCGCGAGCCCCGGCCCCCGCGUGGGUGCAGUCUUUCUUCACUCUUCACGGAAAGACCGGUGUUCUGUCUGCAGGACGGGAGCUGUGCCAGGGCCCGAGUAAAGGCAUU